AUGACCAAUUGCACUAGAGUUCCUGGAUUCAUUCUCCAGGGCUUCUCAGGCAUUCCUGAGCUGCAAAAUUUUAGUGCUGCCAUCUUCCUUUUCAUCUACAUAUUCUCUGUGCUUGGAAACAUCUCCAUCAUCGCAGCAGUGAAUCUGGAUUCUCAUCUGCACACACCCAUGUACUUUUUCCUCAAGCAUCUAUCAUUCAUUGACAUGUGUUCCACCACCACCACCCUGCCCCGGGCGCUCUUUGCUGCCCUGGCUGGCUCAGAAUUCAUCUCUCUCCCAGCAUGUGCAACUCAAAUUUUUGUUUUUGUCUUCUGUGCGGCCGCUGAGUGCUUUCUCAUUACCUCCAUGGCCUAUGACCGCUGUCUGGCCAUCUACCAACCCCUGACCUAUGGGACCACUAUGACCCCAGAGUUCUGCUGUGUGCUGGUGACUGUGGCCUGGGUGAGUGGACUCCUUUUCUCGUCCUUCCACACAGUCAACACCUUCACCAUGUCCUUCCGUGACACCAUGGUGGAACAUUUCUUCUGUGACAACCCAUCAAUCCUACGUUUGUCCUGCACCGAUGCUCAGACCCACGAGGCCGUUGGCUUUAUUGUCAGUGGCUGCGUCAUCAUGAGCUGUUUUGCACUUACUGUCCUGUCCUACAUCCGGAUCCUAGCCACCGUGGCCCGUAUCAAGUCCACACAGGGUCGCCAGAAGGCCUUCUCCACCUGUUCCUCCCACCUCAUCACAGUAGUACUCUUUUAUGGGAGUGGCAGUUCAACCUACAUGAGGCCUGCAAAUGGCUACUCCCCACUUCAAGGACGCUUAGCUGCCAUAUUUUACUCCAUCGUUACCCCUACCUUGAACCCCAUUAUCUUUAGUAUGAGGAACAGAGAUAUGAAGGCAGCCCUAAGGAAGCUUUACAUUCGUAGACCAUGA